UGCAUGCAAAUAUUUAUGUGUAUAAAUUGAAUCUGUUUGACUUUUGUGAUACAAAUAAAUCAAAUUACACAAUAGUAAUGACAAAGUGGCUCACAGGAGCUACACUAAACAGUGCAACAUUUCUGAACUAAAACAAACAUGUUUUAUUUCACUUGUAUUUUUUUAUGUUAAAAAACACUGAAAUUAUCUUUACGUUCCAAAAGCUAAGUAUAGCUACAAAUGACUCAUUUUAAGACAAGGUCUUCUGUUGUGCCCUGAGGAUGUGGUGUGUUAUUUUUUCCUUCUGACAUCAUCAUGGGAAAAAGCUAAUAUGGGUUCAGCCACAGCAGUGACUGGUAUAUGGAGUAUUCUGGGUCGAUGUUUAAUAAAAACUGGAUUUUCCACAAAGCUUAAUGGAGGAAAGCAUCCUGCAUUUGAGAAUAACUUAAGAUUUUGGUGUUUUUCUUCUUUUCAUGUGGUUUAUUGUCACUGUGGUGUUACAUCUGAGGAGGGCUGGUGGGAGGAGAUAUGCAGAUGUUUUCCAGAGGGCCCUAUUAGUGACAUACUGAAGUCUUUCAAGCCCACAGUGGGCUGCUGUCACUCGAACAUAGUCCACCUCAAACAGCCUCAAAGACAGCAGUCCUCUUUUUAUGCUGCUAAUAUUUCUACUGCCUUUUUACCCAAAGAUUUAAGUAAUUUAAAAAUAUUUUGUCAUCGUGAAGUGAAAUAUCCAGGAUUUUAAUCGUUCUUCGUCUUCCGUGUUUUUUUGUUUUUUUUUAAUGAUGCAUUUUGCAGUUGUGAUUGGUUUGUUUUUCCCACUAGUUGAAGCCAAAUACUCCAAUUUAUUCACAAUUCAUCAGGGGCUCAGUCCACAUCAGGAGCAACUGAAACCAACCAACAGGCACAAGAACCACUGUGCCUACGUCAUUGAGAAGACGGUGUCCUUCACUGUCCAGGACGGGGCAGCGCCAUAUGUGAAGGCUGAAUACAACAAGUGUUCCUGGGCCAAAAAAUGUCCAACUCUCCUGUAUCGCCUCCUCUACAAGCCGAUGUUCAAGGUAGCCCAUAAAACAGUGACUGAACUGGAGUGGCGCUGUUGUCCUGGGUACUCUGGUUACAACUGUAUGGAUGGUCACCAGAUUUACCAGCAUCCAAUCAGGAUGAUGCCACCAUUCAAAGGACCACCAAUGAAAGGCCCACAGUUUAGGGGUCCACAGCACCAAGGGCCCAUGUUCAAAGGUCAAAUGUUCAAAACUCCACCUAUGAAACCAAAACUCUGGAGUCAACCAAAGCAAUCUCACACCAGCAGUUUCAGCUCCUACCCACUGCCUCACUUUGGGUCCUCGUCUUACCCCGACUCAUCCUUUGAGCCUUACCCACCAGAACCUCAGCCAGAACCAGAAUACCAGGAGCCACAUCUUACAGACGGCGACCCAGAGCACCAGGGGGAAUACAACCAAAGACUAGAAGAUGUUACCCCAGAGGAAAUGGCCGCUCCAACCGCAGGAGAAGAACAGCCAGAGGGGAAGAUCACAGGCCAGGCUGUGGGGAGAGAGACAGAGGAAAGGAUAUUUAGAAUAGAGGAGGACCUGCGGCAUCUGAACCACGGUCUGGAGACACUCAGGGGAACAGUGUCUGGACUGGAGAACAGCCUGAGAGCCUCGCUGAGAGACGAUGCCAGCAGGAUGCUGUCAGCUCUGCUCUCUGCUGCUCCAACGCCUCUUGCUGCUCCCGCUACAGCGUCUAACCCACCCAUCGUCGGGUUUGUGGAAAUUCCUGCCAGAGAUCUCGACAUGGAGGCCUUCGAUGGCAGCCACGUGUUUCCAGACCUCACAGAAAUGAGUGGAAGGGUGGAAGAGCUGAGGACGGAGCUGCAGGAGCUCAGAGCAACGGUUCAGGGACAAGACGGAGUCCUGAAGAUGAUCUCAAAUAAAACCAGGGGAGGUGUGGAGAGUUUGAUGGAUGCUAAACUGAGUGCAGUCAAGGUGGAAAUACUCGAUGGACUGGAGAAACGAGUUGAGAGUGCAGAGGAGCGCUGCGGGGAGAAGGUGGGAGCUGAGCGGCGGCAGUGCCAGAGGGUCCAGCGUCAGCGGCAGGAGCAGAUGAGAGGCGCUCUGGAGGAAAGCAUGUCAAAGCUGAAAGCCGAGCUGGGAAUCAUCCAGUCGCAGAUCCGUCCAUCAGGUGAGCUGGCAGAACGAGUCCUGCAUCUGGAAACAUCUGUGGCAGACCUGAACCGAUCCCAGAUGCACCUGAGAGUGGCUCUCAGCGGUCACAAAGACCACAUAGAGGCGAUGCUGGAGGGCCGCCUUCGGUACGUUGAAGACAAGCUCAACCUGACUGAGCAGAUGAGAAGUGGAGAUCCUGUGGAAGAAGCUGCAACAGGGCAGAGGCUGGAGGCCAGGAUGGAGGGUAAGCUCCGAGACCUGGAGGGCCGCUUACUGACGGCUCUAGAGGAGCUGAGCAACGCCACCGCCCCCACCCUGCUGGAAGGCCAUGUUGUUCCAACACUGGAGACGGAGCUGGAGUCCCUCCGCGGGAGGCUUGAACUUGAUGUAGACAGAGUGCAGAAACACCUAAACAACCUGGAGAUUCUCUGCUCCUCUCCUUGUUCUCUUGCCACCCAAGGAGAUGCUUCUGGGCCGGGUGAAAGCCAAGAAGUCGAGCAGAACAUAAAGCAGGUUUUAGACUCGCAGAACGACCGCUUGAGCAGUCUGAACUUCACCCUGCAGACGAUCUUAAACACCAGGGAGAGGCAGGUGGACGCAGAAAAAGGUCCUCCAUUUCAGGCAGAGCUUACGGUUCUUAAGUUCAAUGUUCGUUCAGUCAACCACACCCUGAUGAGUCUCCAAGACUCCCUGGGCACAGUGGUCCAUCAGGUGGGAGAGGCCAACAGCUCCUGGCAUGAACGAGAGCUUCGCCUGGCAAAGCAGAUGAAGGGUGUGGUCCAGCUGGUCGGGCAUCAGGCCUCCAUGCUGGGGGCAGGCGAGCGUAGGCUGACCCGACUCAAAGCUGAGCUGCAGGACAUGAAGAAGCGGCUGGCAGAGGAGGUCCGUGGGUGCCGGAGCACCGCCAUGGUGGUCAAGAAGGAGGUAACUGAAGUUGGAGGGCGCGUUGCCAGUGUGGAAGAUCAAUGUAAAGGUCUGAAUUACCUGGCAGAGGAUCUGGAAAGAAUCAGGGAGGAGCUGGAGAAACAAUCCAGCAGUCUUCUUCUGCAGGUUAACGGGACGCUGUCCAGCCACGCUCAGCAGCUGUACGAGCUCAAAGACGAGCUGAGAAACUGCACCAUGAGGGCCGAGCCGAUCAGGAGCUCAGACACCAAACGAGGCGACACAUUCACUCUGAAUUAGUUCAAUCGGUAGGGAUGUUAAUAUUUUACCGCUGAAACCUUUAAAGUUGACCUAUUAUGCUUCCUUGAACAAGUUAAGUCUAUGAGCGUAAGAAAACAUGUUC